AGUUCAGUGUUCAGAGGAAGCUCUUGAUAAGAAGACCUCAUUUCGGUGUCCUGGUGAUGGAGGAUUUUGAACAUGAAGAGUCCUUUUUGACCCUUCAUUAAGAGAGAGGUCUUGGAGCGAUCGAGAGGGUGGGGUAGUCUGGAGGGAAAAAGGAAGGGGAAAUAAUAUUUGGUUUUGUUUGGUUAUGCUCUUCCCUGUCUAAGGAAGCGGUGUGAUAUUGCAAAGGCAGAAAAGGAAUAUCCGACUACAAAGAGAUUACAGAAAUGUCUGACCCGCGGACUUGGCUGACGGGACUUUGGGACGACAGAGUAAACAGAGAUGGCUACGGGUAUGAUGACAGCAGCGGUUACGGCGGCGGAGACUACGGCAAAACGGCCAUCGACGCCUUCUCCCUCCUCGCUCUCGCCUCCUUCGUCUGCGUCCUCACCUACCUCGUGUGGUGGUGCAUCCAGGACCCGUCGAGGUGCACGUGCAAGAGGAGGAGGGAUUUCGGCGAGGGCGUGGAUGCUGUGAUGGAGGUUGUGUUGGCGUUGUUGGAGAGAGGGGUGAAGGUGUGGGAGAGGGUGGGAGAGUGAG